ACGGCACACACGCGUCUCGCGUUGAAAUAACAGAUAUUCGAUCGCUGUCGUGAUACUGAAAAUAUUAUUAUUAAAUUAGUAAAAUAUUUUAAUUUCAAAUAAAACUGUUAAAUUAAUUUAAAAAAAAAGUGAAACUAAACAAGUCUUAAACUCAACAAACUGUAAAUAGAAAGUAAAAUAAAAAAAAAAUGCAAAUAUUAUCUACGUGUUCAAGAUAUUUUUCAUUAAAGCUCAAAUAAUGUACCAAGUACGAAAUAAAGAUAUAAAUAAUAGUCAUGUGUAAUUGUUAAAUUUAAUAAAAUGAUCUAGCUUUCAGAAUCACAAUAAAUGAUUGUAUAAAGUUCUAUAAAAUAUCUGUGCCGUUUUCGUGCCAAAAGCCAUGUGGGUGUGAAUAUAUUUUAAAUAAGUGUUUAUGAUUUAAACAUGGUGGCUAUUCUGGAAGUUGGUACUAAUAAUAACUACUUCGCUUCGUUUUUACCUACUGUCAAUUCACCACCUGUUCCUCAUCGUGACAUCACUGGAGCAUCAACAGCAUCUUACAGGCCCUAUAACGAAGAGUAUGCUUCCGUCCAGCGUCAAUUAGACCGACCUAUUCAAACAGAAAUCGAUGUCGAACGAACGAAAAAGGAUAAAAAAUGGUCUAUUGGAAAAUUGUUUAGAAGAAAAAAGAAAGAUGAAGAUAGCGGUUCGUCAUCACAAACCGAUGAAGGUGGUAAUCGUUCUCCAUCAAAAAAGAAGAGUAAAAAGAAAAAACGUGCUCCAGCAGUGAAUAACUUUGAUCAUAUAGUAAUUAGAGAUGGCAGACGUGCUCAAAGCUUAGCUAACUCUAAUAUAAGAGAUGCUAACGACGACGGUGUUCUCUCUGAUCCCUCAGCUGGAUUUAUUAAAUAUAAAACAGAUAAGCAACAAACAUAUAAUGCUUCUAAAGAAUCGAUGCAAAUUAAAGAUAACAUUUCCAGAGCUGGAAAGGGAAUCCUGGAGACACCUUCACGUAAAAAGAGGAAAACCAGACUGAAGGCCCGCGUAGAAGCUUUAAGAAACAGUAUGAGAGGAGAAUCAAGCAGUGAUGAAGAAUCAUUAAAAUCUUCUUCUAAUUCUUCUUCCAUGAUUAGAUUUCGAAGUGAUGAUUCUUUAAUGAGAUCACGAGACAGUUCACUAAAUAAAAGAUCUCGAAGCGCUCGUAACGAAAGAUACAUUAAAAGAUUGUCACGUGAUGAAGAAAAUCAGUUAAAUAAGGAAGCAGAAUUACUUCAACAGGGCUAUACGAAGGCGGAAGUUGAAAUGUUGACAAGAACACCGACAAGUCAGAGCAGUGGCUAUGGAACAUGUAAACGAGAUACGACAUCAAAAAUAGCGUCAGAACCAUUAGCCAUAAAUGAUAUUAACAUGCGUCCAUUAAAAUCUGAAUCUGUAUCCUCUUUUCCAUCUACACAAAGCUAUCCAUCAUCGAUUAACUUUAAUGCUAAAGUUAACAAUGAACGUAUUAAUUAUUCCAUACAAUAUCCAAGUAACAACACUAAUCGAGGAUCAUUAUACCUUAACAAUAACAGAGAGAGUAGUAUUUCGAACCAAUAUGAAACUCCUGAAAAUAUUAUGUGUGUGAAAUUUCCAUUAGGGAACGUUACUAAUAUUACGAAAGAAGAAAAAGCCCCACCAGUGCCACCUCCUCGUGAUAUGCACCGAAAAGUAGUAACACCUUUGUCAAUGUACUAUGAAAAUAAUCCUACUGUGGCCGAUAGAAAAACUAAUUAUAAUGUAAAACAUGGCGUUCCUAAUAAUGACUUUGAAAGAAUAAUGAGACGAAGUCAAGAAAGAUUAGUCAAUUACGGACUCAAUGGGUUGCGACGUCCGAUAUCGAAUUCUGAAGAUCAUAUAGCAAUACAAAAUAAUGAAAAUAUUCAGAACUAUAUGGUUAAGUAUGAACAGCCUCGACGACCAGCAUCUGUCUCAGCAGAACCUAAUCAUUAUGGAUCAUUUAUUAAUAGUCCUCCAUGGAGAAAACAGAUAAAUCAAAUGGGCGUAGUAAAACCUGAACCUGUUCAAUUAAGACAAGAUUAUUUAUACUAUGCUGAUCAAAGUCCAAGAUCACGUAGGCCAAUAAGUAUUAAAAAUACUCAAAAUGGUUUUCAAAACCAAUACUUAAGCGAUUCUCAAGUAUCUGCGAGUGUUAAUGAAAAAGUAAUACAAAGACCAAGAAAUGCUUCAGAGUUUUGGAAAAAAAUCGAUGACGCUGAGAGACAACGAAAACAACAAAAUAUAUUUGCUAGUUCGAGAAGCAGCAGUGAAUAUACAAAUUGUUCCCAAAUUAAUAAAUCUUAUCCGGAUCAGAAAAAGUCAACGUGGAAUAAAAUUAGAGAUAACACUGAAAGUGCUGAUAGCUUAAAUAAAAGUAAAUCUAUUGAUAUUAUAGAUGGAGCUAGGGUAUGGAAAGCAACAACUGAGUAUAAAAGAUCAACUACUGUAGAGCCGCAAAAAACAGUCUCAUCACCACCAAAAACACAUAUCCGUCACAAAUCAGAUACUUAUGUUUCGGGUACAUACCAAAUCCCAUCUGAUGAUGAAAAAAGUUCAGAAAGACGAAAAUCUACUAACCUUGAUGACGCACUAAAUGAGUUGGAAGCAAUUUACAAUAGUUUAGGCUUAGGCGAUGAAGAUUUAUUAGAUAGAGCUGAGCGCCGAGAGUUAAUGACGCCUAAAUUUUAUGACCAUUUAAAUGACUGGAAUGGAAACGAUGAUGAUGUUCAAUUGAGAAGCCAACCUUCGACGCCGCUUAGGCGAAUAUCGAGAAGAUCAACCUUACCUGACAAAUUACAAGAUGAUAUGGCUUUUCGCAGAAUGAAUUCAUUUUCAAACAAAGAAAAGUCAAAUCAUAAAGACGCACAGGCUCAAAUAAGUUAUAUGUUAGCUUCGCCUGUCUAUGUUCCCUAUGCAUCAGAUGACGACAAGCAUUCAGAACGUAAUGAACCAGAUGUAGUGUUUGAUGAUGUUGUUUACAGAAACAUUAAACAAACGAAUAAUCGACUUAAAACUGUUGAUCCACAACCACCAUUCGGUAUACCUGUAGGUCCUAUCUCACCAGCUCCACAAAGUGAUUACUUGCACGCUACGCCUGAAAAUAAAGGACGAUCUCGCUUUGUACCAAAGAGAUCACCUGAUAUUGUAGCUGAUGAUUUAGCUUACAGAAGUUUGAGAAAAGACAGUAGACAUUCAUCUCUCUUUAAUGGUGAAAAUUAUAAUGGCUAUGUCAAUAACAAUGGUUAUGCUGAAUUUCCCUAUGCUAAAGAUUCAGCCGCUAACAUUAAAAAGAAACGAGCUGUAAGAUCUCUUUCAGCGAAUAUCUUCACUAUGAUACAAAAAGAAAUCGACGACGCUUUGAACAUGAGUAAGAUGCCGUCAUUACAAAAAACGCAUAGUAAUAGUGACGUCAUGAAGAGGCUUCGUGACACUUUUGAAAAAAAUGAUAACCAAAAGGAGUACUAUCCUCGAAAUAAGGUAAAACAGCGACAUAAUACCGUCAAUUUAUUUGUCAAUAGCACUCACGCACCUUCACAUCAUUUUGCAAAAGAUGACUCAUUCAUUUAUAAUGACGAUGUAUGUCUUGCUAAACCACCAUCAUGUGACAAAUCAAAAAGUUCAUCCCCAUCAAAUCGAUCACCACAAACAUCUAAACGGUCAUCAAAAGAUGAAUUUCAACAGGUUCUUAGUAUGCUAGCGCAAGAAGCUAUGGAUACUAGUAAUAAGUUAGGGGUUGCUCUAGCUGAAUUAGAUAAAAAUCGAAACAAAAGUGAGUUAUCAGACAUUCAGAAUAGAAUAUCAGAUAGUAGAACAAAUUUUUUAAACGGUUUAACCGAUAAAUCUUGUGAAAAUUCCAUAACUGAAUUAAAUCAAAAUACGGAAAAACCAACACAAACGUUGAAUACUGACGAUCAUUCUAAAGCAAAAAAAACUGAAGAUAGUUUACUUUUAAUAUCGGAUCAGUUGCAUAAAGUUGAAGACCAGUUAAAAUGUACUUUCGAUAAAGAACUGCAGCUCAAAAAUGAACAUUCAACAAUUUGUAAUCAAGACAAUUCAAAUAAAACAUUUGAAGAAAUAGAGACUUCAUCAGUUGAAAAUAGUAUAAUUCCCGAUAUUGUACCACAAAUAAUACAAAACGAAAAUAUCGUAACUGACGAUACAUUCGAGGGACGCGAAAAUAAGUCACCGCCGCGAUUUAAUUCUCUGAAUCCAUUUUUGAAUACUGACGAUAAAGUCAAAGAACUAAAUGAAAUCAAGGCAUUUAAAGAAUUAAAGGAUGGAAUAUCUGAUUUAAUAGCAGGAAUAUCCGAGGUCAAUGAAAAACUUUUUGUUUCUAAAUCCUCGAAACUCGAACAUAAUAAUCUUCCGGCUAAUGAAUCAAUAAUUACAAAAUGUAGCGAAGCUUUGAAUGAAGUUGCUGAAAAAGAUAAUCACAUAGAUUCAUCUAAUAGAGCAUCUAUUAGCUUAUCUAUAUACGAAGAUGAUAUAGAAAAUAAAAAAGAUACAGCUGAUUCAACUGAGUAUAAUUCUUCAGAAGAACUUGCAACGAUAUUUAAACUUGAAUUUAGCAAAGAGACUCAGUCCAAUAACAACGAUAGUCAUAAUAAUAAUAAUGACAAAAAAGAACGCAACGAUUUAAACUCUCCGAAUCUUGUAAAUACAAUGAGUCAACAUUUGAGGAGAUUUUCUGUAGAUGAAAGUACUAGUCAAAGUAACAAUACACUGCCAACUACCGUAGUCCCAUGGAGAGCUAAAAGGCAAAACAAUAAUUCACAAAACGAAAAUAAAGGCGAUAAUACGAAGUCAAAGCGCAAUUGGCACGACUCAGGCACGUUGAUGUUAGCUUGUUCCUACACCUUAAUGUUCUCGCAGCACCUGGCAGACCUGGAUUGGUUGACGCUGCUCGGCUUGCUGUUGGCAAUGAUUACAAUCAUCGCAAUGCUUAUAAUUUGAUUUUAGACGCUAUAACGUAUUAACUACGAAUGUUAUGUACUAUAGUUACGUGUUAAGUAUUAUAUAAUACGAACCUAUUAAGGCACACAAAUUAAAACUCGGUAUAGAAUAAUAUCAAUUUUUUUAUAUAAUUUUAAUAAAAAUUUAUCAAAUAAAUCGUUGAAUUUUAUAAAAUGUAAAAAUAAUUGUGGUUAAUAUAAUUAUAUUAUAGUACUUAAUACGAUUUUAUACUGUGAUUUUAUAUUUUAAUUAUUUGUGCUUAUGUAAUAAAAAAUACCAUGUGUGCCAAAUAUGACCACAGCGAAUGAACAUUAUAUGUUAUUUUUUACUUUCGUAAGUAAUAAUGCAUGACUUACCUAUUUGCAUGUUAAUUAUGUUUGUAAUCGUUGUGUUUUUAGAUUUUAUUAAUAUAAAAAUAUAAUAACGAACAAUAAACGUCCCACUGCUGGCCCAAUGUUAUUUAGUUAAGGAUAACGAUGCGCUCUUUUACUUUUUAAAUAUUUUAUAAUCCGAUUUUAUUUCAUAGAUGAAUUUUAGUUAAGUACUUAUAUUUUUUUAAAAUAUAUACUCAUAUAAUAGUUUUAUUUAAACACAUUUUAUAUUGUAAACAAUAACCUAUACUCUGUCCAUUUGGUCUACUUUUGAAGGGGGCUCAAAUGGGUUAGUGGCAUUUUGAUUUUUUUAUAUUUAAAUAUAGACAUUGGUAUUAUGAUGAUAUCGAUAAAAAAAAAAUUCAAAUAAAAGUUAAUCGAAAAAACAUUUGUUGGCAGUAUGUUCUACUGUCGGAAAACGUUGCAAAAUACAUUUAUAUUUUAAUAAAACUUGUUAAUAUUUAAUUGGUUAAACAUACAUGUAAAAAACAUACAGCCAUUGACUUCUAUUUAAAAUAUAUAGGUAUUAAUUAUUGUUUAAUUUAUAUUAUAUUUUAUUGAUAUUUGAGUAUAUGCAAGGCUAUUAGGGCUCUGUAUAGAUUCAACAAAAAAAACAAUUAUUUUCGAUUCAUUAUAUCAACUCCGUUCAUUUGAUUCUAAAGAGAAUUUAACUUUAUUUAUGAAGCAUGUCAAAUAUAAUUUUUUUUAAAUAAAAUGGAUUCAUCUACGGUAUUAUAAUGUAUUUAAGAAGACAAAAAAGAUGAGCUGCUUAAAUUUGUUUAUGACGUAAUUUAAAGGUAACUUUUACGCAAUCUGGUACAUACACCUAUGUCAAAAAGUGAAUAAGCUGAUGGACAGAGUAUAAUCCAAAUGCACUUAAAUUUGUUUUUUUUUUUUUUUAAAUUAAUAUAAAUUCUUAUCUUUUGUCUCAUGCAAUCAUACUUAUGUACUUUUUUAACGUUAUUAACUUUUAAGUAAUAUCGCUAUUAUUAAGAUUUUGUUGUAUUUUCACAAAUAUAAACGUAUUAAUUAAUUGAUUUUAUAAUUUACUGGCCUCGUGCAAAAAGGGCCAAAGUACAUUUUUGAGUAAAAAUCGCAUCUUGCAAUCUGCCAAAUUAUUUAAAAUAAUAUAAAUUUAUUUGUGUUAAGACGACGCAAGUUUAACAUUACUAAUACCAACAAUAUUACAUAAAAUUACAUACAUAUAAAAAAUAAACAACAUCUGUUUAUUGUUUUUUUUAUUAUUCUAUCUAUCUAUUACUAUAGUGAUAUUGGCCCUUUUUGCACCAGACCACAUAAUUAAAUCUAUACUGCCUAAUAAUGAUAAAGUAUUUUAAUAAUUUAAACCAUUUAUACUUAGGUCGGUGUGUAUGAAUUAAAAUAAAUAUAAAAAAUUACUUAAAUGACAAUACAUAAUCUAUCGACUAUUUUCCUCUUGUUUUAAAUCUUAUUUGGAAUAGACAUUAAGAUCAUUAAUAUACAGAAUGAUAAUAUAUUUAUUAUCUGUAAUAUAUGUAGGCACAUGUUUUGUAGAUUGUAAUUUAUCCAAAAAUAUGACAUGAAUUCGAUGCAAACUUUGCGCAAUGCAACUUAAAGCAAAUGGAGCAUAUCUUGGACGUCGAGAUGCAGAAAUAACUCUUGCCUGAGUGUUAAAUACAAUGUUAUUAGCUGCUCUUAGAAUUAAUGACGCUUCCAAAUUGAUUUCAAUUAUCAAAAUGUAUUCAUUUUUUUUAUUCACUUUCUAAAGUUGUCUGGAAUUUUAUUUAUGUUUUUUGUUAUUAUAGCUGCAUGAAUGAAUGUAAUUGAAUACAUUUACUAUUAUGAGUUUAAUUAUAAAUGUAAAUAAAUAAAUAUAUAUAUAUUAUUAAUAAAAAUGU